CGUAAGAGCGUGUGACGCUAAGCCCACGAAUGGGCAAGGCCUGUCAAAUAAUGGCUGCUCUAAGGGUAGGUGAGAGUAUUGAGUGAUUUGUAUAGAUUUAUAAAUAUGUAUUUCUGUCUCACCUUUUUCCCUUUUGUGAGGCAAGCUGGCGCAUCUAAGGCUCCUUCUUCGCCAUUUUAGCUCCAUAACGACCCUAGGAGGAAGGCAAAUAUGUUACAAACAACUAUCAGAGUUUGGCUGGAAAGCCAGCAGAGACUGGCAAAUUCAUCUAUACACAAUUGCCUAUUGAAAAGUCAAGUUAAAAUCUGGCACAGGAAUCUUAGCACAAGUGGCACAAGCUUUUCGAAGUCUCAACGGCUUAGAUGUAAAAGGAAGAUUUCGGAAAGGAAAUUGACCCGAUACUUUGUAGAUCACCGAAAGGUGCAUAUGAUAGGAGGCAAAGGAGGUGAUGGUUUUGCCUGUUUUCUCAGUGAACCUAGAAAAAUGUUUGGAGGUCCUAAUGGUGGAGAUGGAGGAAAUGGGGGGAAUAUUAUAUUGAAAGUGGAUCAGCAAGUCAAAUCCUUGGUUUCUGUUCUUCCAGUAUAUAGAGGUUACUCUGGAGAAAACGGUGGAAGUAAAAACUGUUAUGGAGCUGCUGGUAAAAAUAUUUACAUCAAGGUUCCCAUUGGGACUGUGGUGAAAGAGGAUUGUGAAGUCGUGGCUGACCUCAACCACAACGGUGAAGAAUUUGUUGCAGUUUAUGGUGGCGCUGGCGGGAAAGGCAACCGUUUCUUCCUGGCCAAUGACAAUCGAGCACCAACCACUACCACUCCAGGAGAACUGGGCCAAGAAAGGAUUCUCCAUAUAGAGCUCAAGACCAUGGCCCAUGCAGGGAUGGUAGGGUUCCCCAAUGCAGGGAAGUCAUCAUUGCUGCGCGCAAUCUCCAAUGCAAAACCAGCGGUGGCUGCUUACCCAUUCACAACCUUAAAUCCACAUGUGGGCAUUAUCCACUAUGAGAACUACGAGCAAGUUGCAGUUGCUGAUAUCCCUGGGAUAAUAAGAGGUGCCCAUCAAAACAGGGGUCUUGGCUUUGCCUUCCUAAGGCACAUAGAACGCUGUGGAUUUCUCCUGUAUGUGUUGGAUCUCUCACUGCCUAAGCCAUGGACUCAGCUGCAAGACUUGAAAUACGAACUUGAUCAAUACGAUGACAGCUUGUCAAAGAGACCUCAUGUCGUCAUAGGAAAUAAGUUUGAUCUUCCAGAGUCAAAGAAGAAUUUGCCCCGCCUUAAAGAGCAGGUGGAACAAAGAAUCAUCCCAUUGUCUGCUCUGACAGGAGAAAAUCUAGAGGAAUUACUGUUGCAUCUGAAAGAACUCUAUGAUGACUUCAUGAAAGCAGAGAAAGCACAGAAUCAGAAGUGCACGAAGUGGUAGCUCACAAUGCCAUUCAUUUCUAGCCACACUUUGGGGCAAAGGGAACGAGGAGACAUUUGUGUUCAGAAUAUCUGUCAUGAGGUGUUGACCUCGGAAGUUUCGUCCUCACCAAAAAACCCUAAAAAGGACACCGGGCUGGGAAGCUAUAUUACAGUAGCUCUUCAGUGUACUGGUUGUGUGUACAGAGGCUCCAUUCAUAUUAAAGAUGUGAAGAUCGAGGGAGAAAGCUGCUUCAGUUCAUCCCGUUCCACCCCACGCAUUCUAUGACUGAUUCCAGCCCUUUCUGUGGACCCCCAAGUGGAAGACACUUUUUAGUUUUUUAAAAAUGCUAUUUUAUUUUAAUCUUAAGGAAGCCUGCAUAGUACUAUGCGUUCUACUAUCAGUGGGCAAAAAAGAAAGGCCAUCUGUGACAAAGGAGGCUGUAAGACAAGUGAUGAGUUAAGUGAAACAUGAGAGAAUUAAGUGUGUUUAUUGAUUUCAUGGAAUUAAGCAUGCUUAACUCUGGGUUGGAUGGUAGCCGCCAGGCAGAGGAAGAUGAGAGUCAGCCAAUUUUUUGUUAGCUCGAAGUCCAGGAGGAUGGAAAGACAUGGCAAAUUUGUUUUAGCACAUCUUUUAAAAAGCCUUAAUCCUUUCAGCUGUACUGUUUUGCAUGUGAUCCUUCUUUACCCUUUAGUAGAAUAGCUUGGAAGGAAUAAGCAUUUGUUGUUCACUGUUUGCUCUUUCAGCAACUACUCCUUUAUUGUUUGUGUUUCUGUACUCCUUGCAUCCAUUUCGCAAGAGGAGGAAAGGGCAGGGUGAGAAGGCAGAUUAAUUACUAUGAAUGCUCACAGUUAGUUUUGUUCAGUGUUCUUGGAAAAGACCAUCACCUUGCAUAUUGGGGGAAAAGUGCAGAUCCCUUCUUUGAAGCAACCACUGCAUUUUCUCUCAAUACCUGCUGUCACGAAGGGCUUUUUGUCAGCCAGUUUAUGGUUUUCAGAUGUGCCAAAAUGUGAUUGUUGAGCAAUGAGUGAUCUAUCCAAAGAAGGACUUGGAUUAAAUCAGAGAUGACCUGGUUUCUUUCAGGAAAAGCUCAGAAGAAAUUGGGUAAUCUGUGUGAGACAGUCUGCAAGCAUCAUAAAUUUUCCACUGUCAGCCCCAAACCCACCCUUCCCUUCCAGUUAAAUAGUGGGGUGAUCUCCUCUCCAUUCCCCUGAUGUGCUAGGUGCCAUUCUUCAGGAAAUGCAGUUCAGCAGCCCUUGGGAGAGCUACAUCUACUAUAUUUGCCACUGGAAACUUUUCUCCCAACGUGGAUGCAACCUGGGAGGGUGAUUUUCAACAGGACUGCAGAAAAAGAUUGGACGGCCCCAUCCCAUACACCUUGAUAUUCAUCAUGGCUUGCUGCUGCUUCCUUUAAACAAGUCAUUUUCAGUGCAAUAAUGCAUUUAAGAUCAUGUGUUUGGUGCUAAAUCGACCUCUGUAUCAGUGUGAACUAAGGACAUGAUUCUGUGUGUGUUCAGACAGGAAAAAAAGUCCAACUUCCAAAAUUCUCCUGGUCAUGUUAGGAGUUGUAGGAUUUCUUUCUGUUUAAACAACCAUAGGGUCAUGUCCUAAGUUUUCUUUUAUACAGUAACAGCCCUUAUUCUCUCUGAGACAUGGAGACACAAAAUGCUUCAGUGGAGCUAAAAUCCAAUGGGCAAAAUGAUUAUUUUUCUGAAAAAGCCAGGAGCGUUCCUGCCUGUGUUAAAUGCUGGCAGCUUGAGACUUGCCUUUUGUGAGGCCAGUGGAGUGGCCACUCUCAACCUUGGGUCAGUCUUGAAAGCUGCUGUGAAUGGCCUUACAAGAGGUGCCAUGGACUUGGUGUCUUUGUUCAAAACAUGUUGUCUGGAGUGGAUGCUCUUUAAUGAGCUUCACCUUGAAGAGGUUUUGGAAGCACCUGAAAAAUAUUCUUUUACAAGUGAAGUGCACAAAUUAGUCCCGAUUUCUAUUAUUCGUACUGAAACAUGAAACUUGAUUUAGAUAACAAGAAAAGGGGAAUGAGGGGAAAAGGUAUGUUGCUGGAAGUUACCUAACUUGCUGAAGACAGCUGCUUAAAACAAGACUGCUCUGGUGUCUCUCUCUGUUGUCUGACUGCCAUCCUAAUUUUAAAAGGGCAAAGCAUAAAAGACAAAAGACUUUAAAGGCUAAUUAGAAUGGCAUCUAGUUUCAUUUAUUUCAACUGCCAACUCAAAGCCAGUAGGAAGGAUGCUGAGAACCACCACCCCCACCCCCCCGGUGAGGGGGAUGCUACAACUGGGAAGCUGCCAUUGCGAAGCCUCCAGAACUUGUAGCCCACUGCUGUACUUCAAGUCAUGGAAGAAGAAACCCUCUCAAGAUCUUUCUGUGCGCCUGAGCAAUGCACAGAAGGAGGUAUGCCUUCCAAUAGGCAGGAUGCGCAAUCCACAUAAUUGGCACAUAAAAUAAAUCCGCUGUUUGAAAUGAGUUUAAAAAUGUACAUCUUUUAGGACUGGUGUUUCAGGACCCACAGAAGUUAAAAAUCUCAGUACUACUUUUUGUACCAGUUGAAGUUUAUGAAUUGCCUGGAAAAGCAGCACUACAGAGAACGCUUUGUGGUGGCUCCAAUCUAGAGAUUAUGAAGGCAUAGAUCAUAGCAAGGGCACAGUACCCCUGGCCCAGGGAGCCAACAGAGGCCUUCUGGGGUUCCCCAAAGGUCAUGACUCCUUUCCCUUUGUCUCCACCCAUCACUGAAAUGAAAUGGAGUUCAGUUCUGGGGCUGAAAGAAAUUCUGCACUCUUGGAUUAUGCAGCCUGGAGCUUGGUAACAUUUUUCAAUGUGUUGGUAUUUUUUCUGCCUCCCUUCUUCCAAUUAUACUAAAGCUUAAAGAAGUUGAUCCAUGGCUUCCCAGAAUGUCUGCAUGCUACCUUCUUUCUUGUUCAUUCAAAUUCUUUCUUAGAAUCCAUCUUUUGCAUGAAGACUUUGGAAUAACCCCCUAGUUCCCACACUAUACUGUAACUUACCUUGUAUUUAUGUUUAAGAAUAUACAACUGAAACACCCACAUAUUGGGCUGAUUCAGAGAACACAAUGGGAGCAUUGUGGGUUAUUUAACCCACAAUGAACGGUAGAGUGUGCUGGCCAUCAUUUUGGAUAUGCAGCCUCCAAAGGAGUUGCAGCUUGUCACCUAAACCUAGUCUUUGGCGGGUUAUGCAAUGGUUAAACUACCACUCCUGUAACCCUAAUACUAACCAAGGGUUAUGUAAGUGUUGUCCUAUGACCCUGAAGGCCAAGUGUGGAUGACAUGGUGCAAUCCAUUCAGGGUUGCAUAUUCAAAAUGGUGGCCACCAUGUGCUGCCUGGGUUAAAUAAGCCAUGAGAGGUCGGCUAAGAUAUGCAAAUCAGGUGACUGUUUCCUGAUCACCCCAGCCUCCAUUUCCCUUCCCCUCCCCUGUCUAGAUUGUAAGCUCCAUGUGAAAGACCUGUCCUUUUGUACUCUAAAAUGCCAUGCAUACUGAUAGCAUAUGUAAAUAGUGAUACUAAUUAUGCCUUGUUUAUAGAUCCCUUGGCAGAGUAAAUUAGUUAUUUAACGUCUGUGGGAAAUUAAUCUCAAGGAGAUACUGCUCAUUUUCUUAUUUUGUGAUUGUGUUUGUAUACCACCCAACAGCUGAAGUUCUGAGCAGUUCACAAAACAGCUAAAACCAAAAAACAGCAUGAAAACCUAUAAGAACAACUGCAAAAUAAAACCAGCAGCAAUGCUAACAUCUAAAAUGCACGAAUGCUUUUAAAAAGGGGCCACAGAAGCAGGAUGUUAUGGAAGUCAAAGUCCAAAAAAUCUGGAGAUCUUCCUUCUGUUGAACUCUGGUCUGAAGGAAAGCAUGAUGGUUUGCUUGGCUAAGCAAAACACUUUAGCCAAGUGUUAAAUUCUAAGGAAAUGCUACUAUAUUAAAUGAGUUCUGAAAACAUAGAUUGGGUUUAAAUGUUUUAGGGCAAAAUCCCAGGCAUGUUUAGACAGGGAAAAAGCCCUACAACUCGCUGCAUGCCCUAGCCCCCAUUCCCCCCCCCCAAAAAAAGAUUUCUAUAAAUUGCUGAAAUAUUGGUACUCUGCAUUCAAAUGUACUGUUAUUUAGAUAAAAUGCUAAUCCCCAUACUUGGGGAAGCUAAAACAAUACCCAUAGCAUCUCUGUGCCAUCACUGCCCAUACUUAACUGGAUAACUUUAAAUACUUCUGAGUUUCCAUGCUUACCAUACUUGAGAGCAUCCCAUGAUGUGUUGUUUAAUAGAAAUAAUGAUUUGAUGUGUUUUUUUCUGGUUGAAGUUCUUGGAAAAGACCCCUAGAGUCCAGUAACAAAUACCCAACACUGCAUCACACUUUCUAAACAAGUAGUUGAUGAAGACUAUUUAACCAUUCCAUUUUUGUACUUCAUUUAUGACAUACCAAAGGCACUGUAUUUUUUUUAAUAACUUUUAUCAAACAUCCCCAUGCAAUAUUUUUGUUGAUCAAGUUUGUAAUUGCAAUUUUAAGGUCCUUUCUAAAUGUCCAUUUGGUUCCCAGAAACAAGAAGACCUGGGACAAGUUGCUACAGAAAAGCUUGAGUAGGAAGCAAAUGCUGCUAUUCUUCACAGAAUGGCUUUUGUGAUAUUCAUUUUGCAAAGAGCAGUUUUCUAGGCUGUAUGGAAACAAGAAAGGUUCAAGUGGGUCAUUUAGACCUUCUCAGCAGUCACCACAGCAAGCAUCGUCUGCAGAACUCACCGGAAACAAGUGACAAUGAGUACACUAACCUCUGUAAUCACUGCUGAGAUUUAAAUUAGAUUGAUCAAGCAGACGUAUCUCAUCGAGUGACUGCUGUCACGUCAUAACCGCCCUCACUCACCUUUCUGUUCCUUCUGGACUGAAUGACUGUUGGCAGUGGGGGAACAGAAGUGCCAGGUACUAGGUUUACAAAAUGUAAUGGUUAUUCCUGAUGCGCAGCCAUUGUGACUCAAAACUCAGGCUUCAGGGAGCUAAUGAACACUUUCCGUAUUUUCAGUGUAUUCAGAGGCUUUUCAGUGUAUUCAGAGGCCAAUCAGAGGCUUUUCAUGUUUGGAUUCUUGUAAUAUCAACUUCUGCAACAUAAAAUGUUCCUGCCAGAGCUUGAAA